AUGCAAACACAUACGUACUCCAUCAGUACAUUACUAGAUCGGUCUAAAACCAUCAGGAUGUUCAAUAAUAACAGUACGGCCGAGGAGAGAGGUAAAAACAUAGGUGUAAUGGUUAUGUGCUUUACAGUUUUAUCAAUAUUUAUUAUUUUAUCUAUUUUUUCCAUAUUCUACCAGCGUAAGCAUAGACUAAUCAUUUAA